AUGAUACCGCUUUGGCUUCUCGUAGUCAUUCUGGUCGGAGGUGGGGGAGCUGGCUCUGUGACAGUAUUAGAAGGAGGUGGAUUCGGAGGUGGACUCGGAGGUGGCAUUGGUGAAGCAGAAGAAGUAUGUGAGACAGAAGUUGAGGAGGAAGUGGCACCUGUAUCGUGUGAUGAAGAAAUGGACUGUGACAGAGCAGUAGAGGAAAGUAUUGGAGAAGGCGGGGAAGAGGCUGGAGGUGAUGAUGUCGGAGAGACAUCACUCGGAAGAGUGUUAGAGCUAGGCAGCGAUGGAGAUUGUUGCGGAGAAACAGAACUCGCUGGUGAAGCCGGUGGUGUGGUUGUCAUGGGGAGAAGUGUCGGAGCGGUGGUUAUAAGAAGAGGUUGCGGAGAAGAGUAUGGUGCUGCCAUAGGGUGA